AUGCUGAGGAAUAAUGGCACUGGCGAAGUCGCCGAGAACGAUAAACAUUCUGCGAUAGGUCGAGGAAUUGACAGUCAGCUUCCUUUAGGUGUCAAAACGGAGACAUCAAACGAGCUCUCAGGUCUGAAUUCCCCAAAUUUUGAUUCAAGACGAUCGCUUUCGAUUUCCUCGACGGAUCAGCCGGACGUCAGUGCACCAGCUGCUGCUGCUUCUAUCACCCAGAUUUCGAACCCCGUUACGCUGUUGCACAGUGCACCGAGUGCUGGAUUGCCGUCACCAAGUGGGCCAGGUGUAGGAGGAUCAUCAAAUGGUUCAAAAGCUGGAGGAGAAGCAUCGGCCUCUCCACCAGGCGAAGGUGUUGCUGCAGGGGGUCCGGAUUCCAAAGGCCAGCAGAAAGGGUCCAGUGGGUUCAGCAGUCUGGUAAUAGGAGAUGACAGACUCAGUGCACGGAACGGAAGCAAGCUCGAUUUGUUACCCGAUCGGGCAACUAAUCUAGGAGGGCGGUCGACUACCAGUAGUGGUGGUGCUUUAGGAGGAGAGUUGCGCACUGAGACAUUACUGGCAGGAAUUUCAGGGAAUCUGGGGCUUACGAGAUUGCAGUCGUCAAUCGACAAACUUGCUAUCUUGAAACUGAAAGCCGGUGGGAAUGAUACACCAGACCUUCGGCGGAGACUGUCAGGGGAGCUGGAUUUAGCUCAGGAGAAACGAAAUUCUUGGGUGCCGAGAAAGUUUGACGGUGACAGUUUUGACCAAUUGCCCUCUCGGCCCACGGAAACACAGAGAACAGGAGCAGCAAGUGCUUUGCGUCAGCAAAGACUGAUCAAUGGCCAUAUGUCCAGUGGCAGUUUGGACAACCCUGAACACGCCACUGGUGCUGGUGCCCUUGCAGCUCCACUGAGAGGCUCUGCUUCUCCGAGUAAUCGUUGUAGUAGUAGUAAUAGCAGUAGUAGUACUAGUAGCAGCAGCAGCCUCAGUAGUACUAGCACAAUCAUAAGGGCAAGACCUGAAUUGCAAAAGUUUGAUGUAGGUAGUAGUAAUCUUCGGAAACGUCGACAGGUUGUCGGGGCUUUACAGGAUGUCCGAGAAGAACGUUCUCCAGGGGUUCGUGCUGGUAAUGUUUUCUCUGAUGAGGCUGGUGGGAGCCACAACAAUGGUGAGCCAGACUCAACGAAUAGAAGCAAUACUUGCUCUACACCAAGACCUCGUUCAAACCUCUCCAUGUCUUCUUGUCUUCGACAUCGGUCGCUAUGUUCCUCACUAUUCGUUGUUGUGCUACUCCUUCUUUGUGUCUUGUCGGUUCUCUACGGUAUUAUCAUGAACGAACAAGUCAUGCUUUUGGAGAAGCGAAAUGCCAAGCUCAGGGAGGAAGUACAUGGGUGUUCUGUAGGAGUUCAUCUAUAUCCGUCCAAAGAGGAGGCGGAGACAGGAGAAGAACCUGAUGACGGUGAUGUUGCAUACCAGGCAAUUAGAAAGUUUGCAUUUCUCGUGUCACUUCUUUGCCUGACUUCUCCAUUCUGGAUCUUCAAGUACGUGGAUGGGAUUCCCAGGUUGAGUGAAGACAACAGAAGUGGUGAAGAAGAAGUGCCUUUGAGCAAACGAAUGGCUUACCGAGUCGACGUUCUGUUCUCCACCAUACCUUUGUUCAAGCCUUUGGCCCUGCUUUUCGCAACCAUUCUUCUCAUAGGUCUCGGAGGGGUUGCUCUUUUUGCUGUCAGUGGAGAUACCUGGGGGGAAGCCUUGUGGCGGGCAUGGACAUACGUAGCGGAUGCUGGAAAUCACGCUGACAGUGUAGGGACCGGACCACGAGUCGUCUCACUCUGCAUCAGCUUCGGAGGAAUGCUCAUCUUCGCGCUAAUGCUAGGCCUUGUCUCAGAUGCCAUUUCAGAGAAGGUGGACUCUUUGCGCAAAGGGAAAAGUGAAGUCAUCGAAAGCAACCACACGCUCAUCCUCGGCUGGAGUGACAAGUUGGUUUGGAAAACGGAUGAGACCACAAAGGGAUCGCUUUUGAAACAGCUUUCCAUAGCGAACCAGAGCAUGGGCGGAGGGGUGGUUGUGGUACUGGCUGAGCGCGAAAAGGAGGAGAUGGAGCUCGACAUCGCUAAGAUGGAGUUUGACUUCAUGGGGACUUCAGUCAUCUGUAGAAGUGGCAGUCCCCUGAUAAUGGCUGAUCUCAAAAAGGUUUCUGUUUCAAAAGCUCGUGCUAUCAUCGUUUUGGCAGAAGUGGCAAAUGCGGACCAGAGUGAUGCGCGAGUCUUGCGAGUUGUUUUGAGCCUGACAGGAGUUAAGGAAGGGCUGCGAGGUCAUAUUGUAGUGGAGCUGAGCGAUCUGGACAACGAGCAGUUGGUGAAGCUGGUUGGCGGUGAUCUUGUGGAAACUGUUGUUGCACAUGAUGUCAUCGGCCGGCUUAUGAUCCAGUGUGCACGCCAACCGGGUCUUGCUCAGAUUUGGGAAGACAUACUUGGCUUUGACAAUGCCGAGUUCUACGUAAAGAGAUGGCCGGAGCUGGAUGGAAAGCGAUUUGAGCAAGUAUUACUCAGCUUUCCUGAUGCUAUCCCCUGUGGAGUCAAAGUGGCGGCCGAUAGAGGAAAAAUUGUGCUCAACCCUGAAGAUGAUUAUGUCAUGGCUGAAGGGGAUGAACUGCUCGUGAUUGCCGAGGACGACGACACUUACUGCCCUGCGGAAGUGCCCAAGAUAAGAAAGGGCUCUCUUCCGAGAGUUGUAAGUCCACCCAAGUUACCAGAGAAGAUUCUAUUUUGCGGCUGGCGCCGCGAUAUUGAUGACAUGAUACUGGUUCUUGAUUCAUUCUUGGCCAGUGGCUCGGAGCUCUGGAUGUUUAGUGAAGUGGCCUUUGCCGAACGAGAGAAGAAAUUAAUGGACGGCGGCACGAAUCCCCACAUGCUAAUUAACAUCACCCUUGUUCAUCGCCAAGGAAAUGCCGUUAUCCGUCGACACCUUGAAAGCUUACCACUUGAGACGUUUGAUUCGAUAUUGAUCCUUGCCGACGAGGCUCUGGAGGAUAGUGUGGUCAAUGCUGAUUCCAGAUCGUUAGCUACGCUUUUGCUAAUUCGUGAUAUUCAGUCAAAGCGAUUGCCGCACCAAGCAUCUAAACAUGUACAAGUGCGUGCUGCGGGGGCCUCACAAAGUUCUUGGAUACGUGAAAUGCAACAAGCAUCGGAUCAGUCCAUCAUCAUUAGCGAAAUUUUAGACUCCCGGACCAAAAAUCUCGUGUCAGUCUCAAAGAUAAGUGACUACGUUCUGUCCAAUGAGCUUGUGAGCAUGGCGUUAGCAAUGGUGGCUGAAGAGAAGCAGAUCAACCGCGUCCUGGAGGAGCUUUUUGCAGAAGAGGGAAAUGAAAUGUACAUUCGGCCGGGAGAAAUGUAUCUAUAUGAUCAAGAAGAGUUGAGUUUUUAUGACAUCAUGGCCCGUGCAAGGCAAAGACACGAGAUCGUCAUCGGAUAUCGCUUAGCUUCCCAAGACAGAGCUAUCAUCAAUCCUCCCAACAAGCUCACGGUUCGAAAGUGGUCUUUAGAGGAUGUCUUCGUUGUGCUUGCCCAAGAGGAGUAGAACCAUUAGGACCAGAUCAGAGUGGGGCAGACAGGAGUUGUCAGGCAUAGGUUUUAGUUUAGUCUGUAGAUUAGAUUCUUUACACUACACAUCAUGACGCCAUCCAGUCCGCAACCCUACAUGACAGAUUCAGACCAUACAGUUGUGCUGACAGUGGCCUCCACUGUCAGCACAUCUUAAGAUGCUGGGCUUGCGGUGUGAGAAGUAAAGAGGGACUAGGAUGCAGGCAUAUCUCAGCGGUAUGAAGUAGGAGCAAUCAUUUAUGCUUUACGGAAAGAAUUUUGCUCGCGAUAUAAAUUUGGAACGUCUCAAAUGUUCCUGCGUUUCAAGGUUGCAGUGCACCUGUAAUCACUCCACUUUCGUCAGUUGAAGGAUCCUAUCAGUAUACUAUCACCUCAUCCACCCACUUUUCAGGCUCACAUCAAGAACCUCGUCAUGUAGUUGCUCGGCUCUCAUAGCUGAUAUGUCACUUGCUCGCUUAGCACUCAUCAUUUCAUGGGAUUGUUAUGGAAGUCAUGUAUCCGUCCACUUGUCCUGUUAGCAGGAACCCUUGGGAUUCUAGUUUGCCCCAACUCUUCUAUGAUAGAACGGACGGUCCCUGAGAUCAAGGGAGCAGUCGAUUGUUCGACACGAUCCUUGUUCUUCUGCUUAGCAGCAUUGUGGAUGAGGUGAAUCCUUUACUCUUUCUCCCAUCCCAUUCCGUCCAUGCAUUUUAUUUGAGAAGUCUACCGUGGAGUCUGUAGACAGUUCCUGUCAAUGGACCUACUUCAAAUCGGCCACACCACCAGUGCUGUUGUUGGUUUGUUUGGAAUGCAACGUUUAGGCCGGCCUCGGAGUGGUAGAAGGAGAGAUCAAACCACCGAAUGCCUUAAUUGCUGGUAGCUGUCCCACGGUGAUGAUCAGACUAUGGAUCCUUAGUUACCUGCAUGGAAUCGAAACGAUGUUCAGGGAGUUGGUGAUUCGGACUCUAGUGGUUUGAUGAGGCUGAUCAGGGAUCAGUCUGUCACAGCGAGUUUCUGAAAGGAGGACUUAUUCCUUGCUGGUGACAUCCAGACGGAAGUGGACCUCCGACACACUCGAUGUACUAGUAUUUUGAAAGGUCUCGUCAUGUGGUUAGUUUCUGCAGGAUGUGCUGCUUGCUCCACAACGGGAGCGAGAGUGAGAAAUUAGAGAAUGAGCGAAAUUCUCUUCACAUCAUUUAGUGUUAUAUUAUGCUAAAUCCACGGAGAAGGCAUAGAUAUUUUUGG